UAACAGAAGCUAAUAGCCAACACUUCUCCUUCGACGCACUACUCAAACUUUGCGUAUUAAGACAGUAGGAGAGGAGAGGAGAGGAGAGGACAGAGGAGAGAGAAAGUGAGCGAGAUAAUACCAGAGAGCUGGAAUUGCUGAGGGUUUCAUUUCAUCUCAUACUGUAAAUUUGAUUUUAUGAGAUUGAAACCCCAAGUCAAUUCAAUGGAACACUCCGAUUCAACCCAAUUGGACAUCUUUGAUAUCUAUCGCCGAUUUUGCGAUAUAAAAUCAGGGAAUGUACAUUCUUAUAGCGAAGCACAUAAUAUGCUCAAUGAUGACUCAGAAAAGGUUAAAUUGUUAAGGGAAGCAAUGUACCAGCUGACAAAAAUAGUGGACUCAAGCGUGAGUUUGAGGAUUUCGAUUUUGGAUGAACUGCAGAGGCUUAUCUCUUGCCUGAAUUUUGCGGGGGACUACUCAGGAUUUUCUAAUUUCUAUGAUUUUGUAUUCUUCGUCUGUCGGGAAAAUGGUCAAAAGAACAUCACUGUAAGCAGGGCAAUUGCUGCGUGGAAGCUAGUUCUUUCUGGAAGGUUUCGGCUACUUAAUCAGUGGUGUGUCUUUGUUGAGAAGAACCAGCGGUACAAUAUAUCUGAAGAUACUUGGCGUCAAGUCUUAGCUUUCAGCCGGUGUGUACAUGAAAAUCUGGAAGGGUAUGAUCCAGAAGGUGCUUGGCCUACAUUAAUCGAUGACUUUGUUGAGCACAUGUACAGAAUCACUGGCUCCAAUAACUGCAGCAGUCACAAUGUCACCUGUGGUUGUAAUGAUCACGAGGGUGAGCCUUCCAUGUCUGAAGAACCUCUUCCAGGGUUAAAAAACUUCCCUGGUCUAAAGAGAAAAUUCCGGCAAGACUUGCUGGGAAAUAAUUUGGAAAACAGUUCUCUUUCCUCACAAGUGAUAAACUCCGGUACUAACUGUAAGCGAAGGAAACAGCAACAGUUUGUGAGAUGUGCAGAGAUUUCACAUGCAAAUAAUUCAGAUGAAGGGUUGAAUACUGUCAAGGUUAAUUCACUGAAUUCGUCAAAAUGUCAUUGUGGUGUUGGCAGCCUCUCAAAGGGGUUUUCUGGUCUUUUGUCAUCUCCUCGUGUGUAGAAUCAGGAGCAGAGGGUAUGUUAUACUUGAAAGAUGUAGUCAUAAUAUAGUGCAUUAUAUCAUAGUUUUGUCAUAACCCAUUUUAACGAAUACUAUUGGUGCCAGUUAUAGUUCCUUCUGUGAGUUUUCGUGUAGUUGUCUAGCUAUAGUUCAUACCUUUACAAAUGGCUCAAUAAUGUAAUCUCUUAGUAUGUGUUGUAAAAAUUUCGAUCAUUUUUUGAAUUAAGGCCAGUGAAACCUUCUGCUA